GUCAGAGUGUCUCUCCGCACGAGCUCGCGUCCUCGUAGGCUCCGCGUCCUCCUAGGCUCCGCGCCCUCGCGCCCACAGCCCCGGCGGCGGCACGACCAGCGGCGGCCAGGCGAGCGCGCCGGCCCGCUCGGCCCUCCCGUCCCGCCCCGCCGCCUCCCUCCCGCACCGUAGCCGCCAGCGCGGCCUCCUGCACCAUGUCGGUGGCCGGGCUUAAGAAGCAGUUCCACAAAGCCACUCAGAAAGUGAGUGAGAAGGUUGGAGGAGCUGAAGGAACCAAGCUAGAUGAUGACUUCAAAGAGAUGGAAAGGAAAGUGGAUGUCACCAGCAGGGCUGUGAUGGAAAUAAUGACUAAAACAAUUGAGUACCUUCAACCCAAUCCAGCUUCCAGAGCUAAGCUCAGCAUGAUCAACACCAUGUCAAAAAUCCGUGGCCAGGAGAAGGGGCCAGGCUAUCCCCAGGCGGAGGCGCUGCUGGCGGAGGCCAUGCUCAAAUUUGGAAGAGAGCUUGGAGAUGAUUGCAACUUUGGCCCAGCGCUUGGUGAGGUCGGGGAGGCCAUGCGGGAACUGUCGGAAGUCAAAGACUCUUUGGACAUAGAAGUGAAGCAGAACUUCAUUGACCCUCUUCAGAAUCUUCAUGACAAAGAUCUUAGGGAAAUUCAACAUCAUCUAAAGAAGUUGGAGGGUCGACGCCUGGAUUUUGAUUAUAAGAAGAAACGACAAGGCAAGAUUCCGGAUGAAGAGCUUCGUCAAGCUCUAGAGAAAUUUGAUGAGUCUAAGGAAAUUGCUGAGUCAAGCAUGUUCAAUCUCUUGGAGAUGGAUAUUGAACAAGUGAGCCAGCUUUCUGCACUUGUGCAAGCUCAGCUGGAAUACCACAAGCAGGCAGUCCAGAUCCUGCAGCAAGUCACGGUCAGACUGGAAGAAAGAAUAAGACAGGCUUCAGCUCAGCCUAGAAGGGAAUAUCAACCUAAACCACGAAUGAGCCUGGAGUUUCCAACUGGAGACAGUACUCAGCCCAAUGGGGGUCUCUCCCACACAGGCACUCCCAAGCCUUCAGGUGUCCAAAUGGAUCAGCCCUGCUGCCGAGCUCUGUACGACUUUGAACCUGAAAAUGAAGGGGAGCUGGGAUUUAAAGAGGGCGAUAUCAUCACACUGACUAACCAAAUUGAUGAGAACUGGUAUGAGGGGAUGCUGCAUGGCCAUUCAGGCUUCUUCCCCAUCAAUUAUGUGGAAAUUCUGGUUGCCCUGCCCCAUUAGGAUGUUAUGCUGGCUGGCUCACCUCCUCUUGACUCAGAUAGUUACGGUUAACCACUGCUUUGGUAAUGCUGCUUAUAACACAUCCCAAGUGCAGGCCGCAGUGGUCCACGUCAUCCAGCCCCACCAAGUGUAUUUGGUUGACUCGUGGGCUCCCACAGGAGUCAUGGUGAUGGAUGAUAUCCUCUUAGCCUGGUGGGCAUGGCAUGUGCUUUUUAAAACAUCAUCUGAGACCAGCCAGUAGUCACAGAACUGCUGUUGACACAGUUCUCAGGAGGCUGUGGUUUCUUAGAAUAUGACCAUGAGCCACAUCACAGAAAAACCUUCCCACCGAAGAUAUUGUCUAUCACCCCAGGGGCCAUCUGAAGGUCUUUUUGCAUUUCUCCAUGCAAAGAGGAGAAAGCUUUUGCUUUCACACUGUCCCUUCCCAAAUAUGUGAGUCAUGGAAUUGUCAAAGUAAGCCUUCCCUCACCAGCAAAUUGUCUCCUGAUCUGAGUGAAUUUGUCUCUUAAUGCAUCCAUAGAAAGUGUUAAUUGUGGGUUCAAAGCAUUCUCUGCAAACAGGCAUCUCAGCUCUUCACACUUACGGCUAUUUCUGAGGUAUAGCCAGUUUUCUUCCCUCCUUGCUACUAAAGCCAGAGUGGUAAUUCCAAAUUAUUUUUCAGUAAGACAGUUAAUCAGCAUUAUUGUGAGAGAGGCUGAAAAGAAAUUCUCCAUUAUGAGGAAAUGGGAAGAAAUCUGGUAUCCAAGCUUAAAUUUCUUGCUGUACAGAAACUCUGUAUGUAUUUAGGCUAUUUCUGAAGGGCACAGGGAAGAGGGAACAAAUCUCAUCAGUUUUAUUUGUGAAUUACAUGUUUCAUGAAUCCAUUUGGCACAGAGACACGAGGAGGAAAACACUAGUAACCAUCUUUCCACUAGUUCAUAGACUGAGAAACAGUGAAUACCUUUCCUUUCCACUUUUACCCUGUGUUCUUUGAACAUCAUUUGUGCAGAUUCUGCCCUCAAUGAGGACCAAAUAAAGAUGAUUUUUGUGCUUAGCAGUUUAAGAUACAUGGCUGCAUAUGCAAAACCCUUUCCCAAUUCAGUCGCUACUUUUACUUCUGCCUCUUCUAUCCAUAAUCUUCAUUUUGUGUGUACAGUGCUGUGUGUAAGCUUAUCAGUGUUUUUUUUUUUUUUUUUUUUUUUUUAUUUGUAUCAGUCACGAAAGUCCUGUUAGGUAUCCAGAGUUCUAUUUAUCUAGCUGUACAGACUCUUUCAGAGGUUUAACGUGCUGCUUCCGAUGUGCCACCUGCAGUAGCGGAUCAUGUGGAGUGAAAGGCAAAUCUUACUGCUUAAUGUAUAAACUCUCACCACAGGAAGCAUCGCUGUUUCCAAUAAAUAUUGCUGAAGACAGAA